GAUAAAAAUUUAAGGUUAGCAGUCACUUCGCUCCGUGCUUCUUUGGAGAUUGAAUUUCGGUCCACAUGACUCCAUUUUGUUUGGAAGUUUUGGGAAUUGGAAACAGAAGCGUUUGUCACUUUUGUUUGUGAACGUAUUUUAUUCUUUUGGGUUUUAUUUUGUAAUAAAGAAACCCUCAUUAGUUGAACGCAUUUGUUUGUUCAAAUUGUAUUAUCAAAUUUGUUAAAAUGGUGGAUAAAAUUGAAAUGAGUUUAGACGAGAUUAUAAAGAAGUCGAAAGCAUCAAAAAGAGGCCGUGGUAGUGGCGGAGGCGGUGGUGCAAGGAGAUCAAAUCCGCAACGCAGUAACAGUUUUCGAGGCUCUAAUAGAAACAGUCGGGGAGUUCAAAGGGGCAGAAACCGCGGCGGUAUUGCGAGACCACAAAAUUUACCAUUUUCAAAAGGUGAUGUGAACAGUGCAUGGAAACAUGAUAUGUUCGAUGGGUUCGGUGGAAAAAAAACUGUGAUGCGACGAUCUGAUGGUGCAGCAAGUGUAGGGCCCACAAAAUUAAUGGUGUCAAAUCUAGAUUUUGGUGUGUCUGAAUCUGAUAUACAAGAACUAUUCGCAGAAUUUGGACCUUUGAAAAGUGCUUCUGUACACUAUGAUAGAUCAGGGCGAUCUUUAGGUUCUGCUGAUGUUGUUUUUGAACGCCGCACUGAUGCAGUAAAAGCAAUGAAACAGUAUAAUGGUGUGCCAUUAGAUGGAAGGGCCAUGAAUAUACAGCUUACUACCUCUGAAAUACCAUCUUCUACCCGACCACGAAUGGGAUUCUCUGAUCGAAGUGAUAAUAAACGAGGGUUUGAAAAUAGAGGAAAUAGAAGCGCAAACACGAGGAAUAAUUUCAGAAGAGGUCGCGGAGCAGCUAGUGGGAGAGGUGGAGGGCGAAAUAAUUCUAGAGGAAAUGCACCAACUGCUGAACAACUGGAUGCUGAGUUAGAUGCAUAUGUGAAAGAAAUAAAGUAAAUUGAGUGCAUAAUUGACUGUACAUAGAUAACAUACAUUUAAAAUAAUCUUAUGACAUUUGAUUGUGUUGACAUUAAAGAACAUAUAUUGAAA